AUGAGAAAAACAGCAUCAGUUAUAAGAAUUGCUAUGAGAUUAUUCAAUUGUGGAUCUAAUAAAGUAUGGCUUAACCCAACUAAAUAUGAAGAAUUUAAAGCUGUUAAUACCAUAGAAGGUGUUAAAGCAUUAAUUGAAAAAGGGUUCAUUGCUAAAAAAGAAGAUAAAUUUAACAGUAGGGCAAAGGCUAGAGCACGUGCUGAAGCUAAAAGUAAAGGUAGACAUAUGGGUAGAGGAUCCAGAAAAGGUACUAAAAAUGCUAGAAUGUCUGAUAAGACUAUCUGGACUAAAACCAUUAGAUCUAUGAGAAAUACUCUUAAAGAAAUGAAAGAUGAAGGUGAAUUGAGUUGUGAAGAAUAUCAUGAUUACAGAAUGAAAGCUAAAGGUAAUUUCUUUAGACGUAAUGUUGCUUUUAUGAAAACUCAUAUCGAACAGGAGAAAGCUAAGAAGUUAAGAUUGGAGGAAUUGAAAUCUCAGGCUGCAGCUCUAAAAGUUGAGAAAUAA